CCCUGUUGUACUUGUGAUCUUGAUUAACCAAUCAUAUAUCUGCCCUGGAAAAAUACAGAGAUAUAUGUUUCUCACAGGACCUGGUUCAGUUUUAUUCGAAAGAACAGAUGUGCUUGCUGCUGAAGGGAAUCCAUCUGCAUAUGCUGACACAUUACCAGAGAUAUGAAGAUUGCUUCAUUCAACGCACAGAGGUUCGGUAUAACCAAACUCUCAGACCCAGAUGUCCUUUCAACUCUUAUAAAGAUUGUGUCUAGAUACGACAUUAUAGUUAUUCUGGAGGUGGUGGAUGUAAGCGGGGCCUCCAUCCAGAUGUUCCUGACAGAACUUAACAGGGUGAACACAUCCCACCACUAUGCCAUGCAGAUCAGUACUCGCCUUGGAAGAAGCAGAUAUAAGGAGCAGUUUAUGUUUCUUUACAGGGAUGAUGUAGUUGAUCUGAUUGACUCCUAUCAAUAUGAAGACAAUCAGGUGAAUGAUGUGGAUGUGUUUGAAAGGGAGCCUUACAUUCUCUACUUCAAACCUCACAACACAGUGCUGAAGGAUCUGGUGCUGAUUCCAGUUCGUGCCACGACACGGGGCUCAGAGAAAGAGCUGGACGAGCUGUAUGAGGUCUUCCAGGCCGCCAGAGACAAAUGGAAAACAGAUAACGUGAUGAUCCUGGGUGACUUCAGAGCAGAUGGUGCUUAUGUUACUGCCGAACAAAUGAAAAAUUUACGAAUUCGCAGUGACCCGAAUUUCCACUGGCUGAUUGCUGAUGAUGUGGACACAACUGCAGCAACAACAAACGAUCACACUUACGACAGGAUUCUUGCAUAUGGAGACAACCUGCUAGCAACCAUAGUGCCAAACUCUGCCAAGCCAUUCAAUUUUCUGAAAGAGUUUGAUUUGACAGAAAAAAUGGCCCUCUGGAUCAGUGAUCACUACCCAGUCGAGGUGGAAUUAAUCAGUGCGACACCUUUCUGGAUGGCAUCUAAAACCCCAAAAACCAUAAACUCAUCAUUAAGCAAAGCUGCCGCAGGGAGUUUGCAGGAGGAAGUGAUGACCCUGCAGAGAGACACCCUCUUGCUGGAGAGAGAAAAGCUUCAGCUUCAGAUCACAUAUUUAAAAAAGAUUCUUGCCUCCAGUUAAUGAAAGAAGUAACCAGAAGAUUAAAAAAUAUCACGUUUUAUGUCUCAUAGCUGUCGCUGUCACCGCAUCACCAGACAAAGUUUACUAUUCUGAAAUAGUUCAAAUGUUGGGGUCACCAAUGUAGAGUUUGCAAGAAGAAGUUUCUUGUUAUUUGUGUGUUCUAAAUGACAGAUGCCGACACAAUGUCCAAUUUAAAACACAACUUAAUUUUGUCUAUAUUUCAAAAAGCUUUUAGCAGAUAAUUUUAAAUGGCCUUUUUUAUGUGUUUUGAUCUGUUUAAUUGUCUCAUUGACGUUCUCUUCUAUUGUCAGUACUUCCUGUUUGCAGUGCUUUAUAAACAAUGUUAACCUGGCUUCAGGGCUGUGCUUUUCAGGGUAUAUUUGAAAUAAAGUCGAUUAAACCAUGUCAUUCUCAAACUUUUCCUGACCUCUGGCAAA